AUGGCUCCUAUCUCCACCGCUAAAGAAGACGCUACUGCUGACUUGGACAGUGCAAUUGCCAAAUUGGCCUCUUUGAAGGUUAUUGGCGCAAAAGAGUUCAAGAAAACUGUGAAAACAGGAUCCAGUGCCUCUUGGGUUGAAAAAUUGCCAGCGCCGGCCAGGGCCAGAUAUGAAAAGUACGGAAUUGACUUGUCCAAGGGUUAUCCAAAAGUGCCAGAAAUCAGCCAAAUUCCAAAGUUCGUGGAUGAGGCAUUUGCUCUUAGAAAUGAGGAAUACCCUUACAUCGAGAGGGGUAAGAACGCUGAUCCAGAGAAAAAGGCUUUGUUCGGUGCAGCUAAGGAGGUCCGGAACCUUACCAAGCACAUUGGAACUGAGAUUGUCGGUUUGCAAUUGGCCGACUUGAACGACAAGCAAAAGGAUGAGUUGGCCCUUUUGAUUGCCGAACGUGUGGUUGUGUUUUUCCGUGACCAGGACUUGUCUCCUCAAAAGCAGUUGGAGCUCGGUAAAUACUGGGGUCAGGUUGAAGUUCAUGCGCAAGUUCCAAGAGUGCCGGACACUAAGGACGGCGAGGCUUUGCCUGGUAUCACCGUGAUUUGGCAAGACUACGCUCGUGAGUUUUAUGGAAUUCCAUUAACUUACAAGAACAGUAUUGGUGGAACCGCCCAAUGGCACACCGAUUUGGUGCACGAGUUCCAACCUGCUGGUAUCACCCACCUUCACAACGAUACUAUUCCUGAGGUUGGUGGAGACACUGUUUGGGCUUCCGGAUACGCUGCCUAUGACAAGUUGUCACCAGCUUUCCAAAAGUUCUUGGAUGGCAAGACUGCCAUUUACCGCUCGGCUCACCUGUACUUGGACAGAGAGAACCCAUUGAAUGGGCCCAAGCAUAUUGAGAGAGAACAUCCUUUGGUUAGAACCCACCCAGCCACUGGCUGGAAGUAUUUGUUUGUCAACAGAGCAAUGACUGUUCGUAUUGUUGGCUUGCAACCCAAGGAAUCCGAGUUGAUUUUGGAGUACUUGUUCGGAUUGUUCGAGCGCAACUUGGACAUCCAGGUCAGAUGGAACUGGAAGUCCAAGCCAGGUUACGGUACUUCUGCGAUUUGGGACAACAGAAUCUCUCAGCACAACGCUGUUUGGGACCACGAGGGCUUGGAACCAAGACACGGUACUCGUGUCACUGCAUUGGCGGAAGUUCCUUACUUUGACCCAUCUUCCAAGUCUCAAAGAGAAGCUUUGGGAUUGUCUUUGGACUAG